AUGGAUCAUGCUCAACCACAAUUUCGGGGCGAAGUGAAAGAGGGGCAUAGAAGCGGUGGAACGCAUCGUAUUUCUACCGCGUCCAGGAUACCAAGGAUGGUUUUCGCUGAAAUCGUGGGCACAUUAUCGUUUCUGCAUCCACAAGCAGACGAUGACAUCUCGGAUCGCCUGCAUUACUAUUACACCACGACAUUUCUACUUCUAACGGCGGUGCUUAUAAGUAUUAAAAUGUUUGGAGGACGACCAAUUGAGUGUUGGUUACCGGCUGAAUAUAAGAGUAGCUGGGAAGAUUACACAGAAAUGUACUGCUGGGCCCGAAACACCUAUUUUGCACCAUUUGACGAUGAAUUUUUACCGGAGGUUCAAGACAGAGGAAAAACUAUGGUCUCCUACUAUCAAUGGGUCCCUUUCUUUUUGGUCGUUGUAGCUUUUAUGUUCUAUUCACCAUGUCUUUUAUGGCGAAUACUCUACGAUAAAUCUGGUAUUCGACUUAAGGACAUUAUGAGUUUUGCCAACGACAAAUCGAAUGUUCAACCAGCAUCUCGUCGAGCGAAUAUCAACGGAUUGGCAAUGCAUUUAUCGUCAGUGUUCAAGCAUCGAUUCCGAUUCGGAUCAACUCAUCCGUAUCACCAUAGAAUCUUCAAAUUUCUCAACCUACGUUUCUACGAAGCCUACCUCACCUUUCUCUAUCUAGGGAUCAAGUUGCUCUUUUUAAUUAAUGUGCUUGUACAGAUGAUUCUUCUAAGCCGUUUUCUGCAAACGAACUCACAAGGCUUCUAUGGAUACGGUAUCCUUUGGGACUUAGUCACAGGUCAAGGCUGGACAGAGUCUCCAAAUUUCCCUGUGGUCACCUACUGCGACAUGGAAAUACGGAUUCUCGGGAAUAUCCAGCGGCAUACCGUGCAAUGUGUGCUCGUGAUUAAUAUUUUCACCGAAAAGAUUUUUCUUCUACUUUGGCUCUGGUACACAUUAUUAGCGUUAAUAUCUUUUGGUAGCAUAAUGUCUUGGAUAUUCUCGUCAUUACCAUUCGAGCAACGGAGAAGGUUUAUUGCACGUCGAUUAGAACUUGCCGAUAUAUCCUUCAAACAACGUAAUUUUACUCUUGAAUUGGAUGAAUUCGUACGCGAUUACGUGAAGAUGGAUGGCGUGUUUGUACUGCGAAUGAUCACCAUUCAUUCUGGAGUAUUGAUUUGUACGGAAGUAGUUGACACAAUGUGGGAUCAAUUCCUAGCUGAACAAGGACACAAAGUGAUCACCGCAUUGUUGGGCGAACAUCCAGUCAAAGAGGAAUACAAGGACGAGCGUUCACCUUCUGCCGGUGGUCAAUCAAUGGAGAUUCCAACUCGACGAAAAACAUCGGUGCUGGUCCCGUUGAUGUCACGAGAGGAUCUCACACAGAUUACAGAUCACAUGCUUCGGCCGCCUAGUGGAAUGUGA